GCAAAUAACAAGAUGGUGGACACAUUUUUUAAAUUUUAAAAUUCAAUAACAUUAACUGUUCUAUACAACUCAAUAAUGAGUUUUGCAACUGCGGGAAAAGGAUCUCGCACACCUGGUGCAAAACCUGGAUCAGGUGGUACAAAGAAGCCUACUCCAAGUGCAACUGGAAAAUUAUCUAAUAGAUUAAACCCAAAGACAAUUGAUCCUUUUGCCAAUCCAAAGAAGGCGAAGUCUGCAUUUGCUUCUGUAUAUACCAAUGGUGGAAUACCUUGCAGGCUGGUCCAUGGUUCAGUGAAACACAAGCUGGCCUGGGAACCUCCUGUAGAGCAAGUAGCAUUUGAUCCAGUAUUAGUCACCCUAGCUGAGGGCCUCAAAGAAAAGAUCCAUCCAUAUACAUUUGUAGCUAAGAUGGGAUUCAAGGAGCUUUUAGAAGCUCCUCAUGCAUGCGAUCAAACUGUCCAAAUUUUACCAAAACUCAUGCCUCCUUUAAGAACAACUUUGAGUGACAGUGAUCCAGGUGUUUUUGAUGCAGGUCUAGAUGCAGUUAUGCAGCUUAGUGCAGUAGUUGGUCCAGCCUUGAAUACUCAUCUCAAGGUCCUCCUAGUGCCAAUAUGUAAGAAGUUGAUGGAUAAAAAACACAGAGACAAAGUGACAGAUCUUUUACACACUUUAGAACAAAAUGGUGGAAAAGAGUGUACACCUAUAUUGAAAUCUAAAGCACCUACCUAUAUGUCAAUAUAUAUGUGAAUCUAAGUAUCAUGUCUUGAAAUGAAAGAUAAAGUUCAGAUUUGAGCAAGGGGGGAGUUUAGGGGUUCAAAUGGGCCUGAAGUACAUUAAGCAAAUGAAUCAAUGGAAUUUGGAAAGAACAGUGUGCAUAUGAUAAUGUUCAUAUCCUAAAUUGCAACAAAGAAUUCAUUGCUCCAUUAAAAAGAGGAAUUGUGUGGAAUAGGCAUGGACACAUUAUCAGGCAUAGCAUGUUCACAAUCGCAGCAAUUUCAAUGCAAACUAAAUCUAUUAAGCAUCAGUUACUUACGUUACAAUGUGUCAGACUGGAGUUAAGCCGUCCAAUCAUAACUCUAGUGCCUCGAACAUACAUAUCAACCUGACACAAACAAGGAUAUAUGGAAGACUAAAUUGUAUUGAUACAAAUAGGCUCUAUUAGAAAAUGACUAUGGCAGAGUAAGGGCCUUUGUGACAAUCACCCAUCAUCAGAACACA